AUGCGUCUACCUAAUAUUCUCGUUGUCGCGAUGCUCCUCAGCCUCGGCGCCACCGCCGCCUUGCCUGUCGAAGAUGUCACGGACAUGACAGACUUCGAAGACGUCGCAAAUGACGCAAUGGCGAAACCACCUCCGCACAAAGUAGAAAAGCCAUGGAUGAUGUGGGGUGUAAGAAAACCACCAAACACCAGCAUGGCCAUAUGUACAAGGGAUGGGGGCACGUGUCGCGGACAAUAUACGACAACACCACGCAUCAAGACUAGGUCCCAUUGCAAUUAG